CAUUCCAACGGAAAUGUGCAGCGACAGUAGCCGAUCCAACUCGGUGCAUUUGUGGAUAAAUCAAACAUUUAUUACACGGAUUAUCGUUGCAUACUGAUAAAAAUAGCGAGGCCCGGUUGUCAGCUCGCCCAUCGGCUACAAAUCGAGCGAAACAGCCCGCAAACGGAGCACCAAACCCGGAUGAGAGCUUUUGGAAGACACGGAGGGAGUCGGCUGCGUCGGAUCAGGUGAUGGCGCUCUCACGUAUGAAACUGCGUGCGCGUUGCCCUAACACGUCAUCACGAAACGCUGAGCCCCAGAGUGAAGAAGACGAAGGACCGAGACAGGAGCGCCACCGAAACCCGUCCACGCGCAGCCGAGGCCGAAGAAAAACCAACAGGAACAACAGAAAUACCCAGAAUGCAACUGAAGCUUCAAAUAAUAAUAAUAAUAAUACCUCCACAACUACUACCACAAGCUCCAACAUUCCCUCCACCUCUCCUCUGCCGUCAUCCUCCUCUUUGGCCACAUCUCGCCAAGUCCUUGCCGCCGAAGACACCUCCCCCGAUUCGAAAUGCCCCAUUUGCCUCGAUCGCUUUAAUAACCUAGCGUACCUGGACCGCUGCUUGCACCGUUUUUGCUUCAUGUGUAUCCAAGAGUGGUCUCACAACAAAGCAGAAUGCCCCCUCUGCAAACAGCCCUUCACCUCCAUUCUCCACUCUGUCCGCGGCGAAAACGACUUCAAGAAAUACACAAUCAACCGCUCGCCUGAGAACGGCAGCGUGGCGGCGACGGUUGCCAUGGUAGCGGCGAUGGCGAGCGACCACCGGAUGAGGCUGACGUUGCGGAGAAGCAGCUCGAAUCGAAGCAGGAGAAACCAACGAAUGGUGCCGGUGUGGGAGUGGCUUGUGGAUUCGCCUCCCGACAGUCCGGAGUUUAUCCCGAUUUCGCCGGCCGUGAACCCUGAAGAAACCCAACCCUUAGAUUUGUCGGAACGCGGAAUUAUUUUUGAAGGGCUAACCGGGCUCGGAUCCGCUGGGAAUUUACCUCCUUUCGUCGCCAACAAUCGGGAAACACGGAAGCUGCUUUUCAGGUUGGCGGCGAGACGGCGUUUGCAGAGAGAAGGAGGACGCAUUCGACCGCUGCGUGACAGAGAGACGAUAGCGCUCCGUCGUGGGCUAUACCGAUGCGGAAUCCGAGUCAGAGGAAUCGCUGGCAGCAACAGAGACCAACCACAAAGGGAGAUAUCAGUCGAAAGCUUUUGCCAUAAUCCAUCAAAUUUAAACAGACUCCGUCCUUGGAUACGACGUGAGCUAGUGGUGCUCUACGGCUCUCAUGAUUCGCUAAUAACAAUCGUCCAGAGGAUUAUAUUGGCGCGUAUAGCUAGGCACGGACUUGAGGACUUACCCGUCGUGGAAGAUGAACUGCGCCCGUUUUUGUUGGCGCGCACGGAUCACUUUCUACACGAGUUGGUUAGUUUCGCCCGCUCGCCGCUCACGAUGGAGAACUACGACAUUCAGGCAGUUUAUGAACCGCCGGAUGUAGCUUUUAACGUGGACGCGCUGGACAGUUCGACGGACAGCAGCGCCGUCAUCGCCAUCUCCGAGGAGGAAGAGGACCGAGAGAGAGGAGCAGAGCGUGUUGAGCCAGUGCAGGAGAGUCAAGCCAGCCUCAGUAUGACAGGCUGGGACGAUGAAACUCCAGGCCCCUCCUACUCCACGGCAGACUCUUCCUGUUACCUGUCCUCCUUUAACCUCGCCCUGCACAAGGCGAUCAAUCAGGGUCGAGGAGAGACGCUCCCUCGGACCCCUGCAUCGCCGCGACAGCACAGAGAGGAAGAGGGCGAGGAAGAAUGCCUGAUCGUGGGGUACAAGAAACCCAUCGCCGAACGCACGCCCGAGCUCGUCCAACUGUCGUCCGAUUCUGAGGAGGAGAAGAAGGGAGGAGAGGAGGAGGAGGAGGAGAAGAAGGAGAGUAAAGAAAAAGAUGGAGAGAAAGAAGAGAAGGAAAAAGAGGGCAAAGAACCAACUGAAAAACAGCCAGAGGUGUUUUUUCCAGUGCUCUCUCCUUCACCACAGUGCAGAGAAGAGAUUGUUGCAGACGCACAACCAUCAAGGUCUCACUCUGACUGCCCCAACCCCGGACACAGUCUCACCGCCCUCCUCCGCGUGCUGGGAAAAGCUUGCCCCAAAUCCAAGAGAAAAAAACGGGAACGACGCCGAAAUAAGCGACUUCGAAGCAGCAGCGGCACGUCGCAGAACCAAAACUCCUCCAAUCUCUCCACGCCAUCUCAUCGCUCAUCUCGCUCGCCGUCUCCUGGUUCCAGCUUCGAUUCCGAUUUCCACGGAUACUCGAUAGUCUCUCCUCUUAACUCCUCCUGUCCGUCAACGCCCAAAUCCUCUUCCUCUUCCUAUUUUGGCUCUUCCCCCUCCGCGACGCCGCCCCCUCGAGAAAAAGUCCAGAGAAAUAGGGAAGAAGAGGAAGCAGCAGCGGUGGCGGAGAAACCGGGAGGGAAACGGAAAUACAAGAGCCGCCAUCUUGACAGUCACGUCCGAGAUCCAACGUGGAGGCCAAGCAGCGGAAAAGGGAACAGCAGUAAGAGUAGAACUAAAACCAGAGAGAUGGAGAGAAUGAAGAAAGAGGAGAGGGAGAAGAGGAGGAGACGGAGGAGGAGGGAAAGACGGAAGAGAGAGAGGGAAGAGAGUCGCAGUCGUGAGGAGCGCAGUCCCAGUGUGGAGAUCGUUUACGAGGGAACGAUCUGUAGCUCCGCCCCCAAACGCAAACGCCGCCGACACCGCAACAGUCUGCUCUCCAGUCCCCCGCUGGUGAUCACACUGGACAGCGACAGUGACCGAGACCCCCUAUUGGACCACAGCAGCAGCGCGUGCAGCUCCCCAUUUGGCUCCCAACAAACCGUCGACUUCUGCCACUUCCCCACCCUCCCAUUGGUCCAUUCUUCCGGUAUGAGCGGGGUCUUGGAGAGCAGAGACAUCGGCGAACUUCCCGUGGAUAUUUUGGACCGAGGAUCGGAGAAAUCAGAUAUUGAAAACCGGCAAAAUAAAUCGACCGAUCUGAUUUCUUUGGAGAAUAGCAGUGAUAGCAACACGGAUAUCGACGUCGAGAAGGUGGAAAUUAGUCACACGCCAAAUUGUGAAGUGGAGGAGGUGAAAAAGAAGCCACAAAAGUUACAAAUAGUUGAAGACAAACCUACAUCUUCGAAUAGUCGGACACAAUGUCAAGAACGCAGUGAAAUUCCACAAAAAUCGAAUACAGACGAGGCUGAUAAAAAACUUUUGGACAGCAUUCUAAGUGUUUUGGAUGGAAUCACAACAAAAUCAGAUCUUCCUUCAACUUCCAAUCCUGGUUUUCCCCAAGACAAUCAUUUUAAGAACAGCUCAUUUGACUGUGGGAACAUUUUACCGAAUAAAAUCAAAAAUCACACUGCGGAUACUUUUCAAUCGAUAUUUUAUCCAAACACGCUGCCCCCAUUUCAACAGCUAACAGAAAACAGACCAAAAUUCCCUUCAAAUACUUUGUCUUCUAAGGAAAAGUCCAACAUUGACGCAAACAGGACAGAAAUCACCAACGAAAUCCGGACUAGGCAUAACUUGGAAACCCACCACGAAAUCGCCAAUUCUUUGUUGGCGUUACGAGAACCAAAAAACAGUUUGACAAGUAACAAUCCUAUUCCAAACUCUACUUUUUGCGAUUCCUUAUCUCCCCAAGGUAAUCGGAUAUCUUCGGAGAUUGAAACGAGCAGAUCUACCCCAAACUCCGACUCACUUCUUGCUAAUUUAAGCGAAAAAACACAGACGGACCUGGUGCAUGAGAAGGUGUGCAGUGACUCUAGAGCCAAGUUGGACAUUCGAAAUUACGGUUCAACAAAUACAGAAGAUGUGAAAUGAUUUAACUGUUAGGAAAAGUUUUUGCUGAUUGUAUAAAGGUGCACUGUGUAACUUUUUGGUUGGGGGUUCUUCACCUCCUUGUUUCUACGGAGAUAUCAUUGCUAUGUCUGGAAUGUUCCACAGUAUGACAUUAAGCCUACCUUAGAUUUAUUCAAUUACAGGUGGUUUUAUAGCUCAAAAAUACCUAGAAAAACAGACUUUCUGACUGUGAGUGGGUCGCCUCUCCACAGAUCUGACCUGUAACCUGGUCUGGUUUGGUCUCCAUGAAGAUAGAAAUGUUUAAUGCCAUACUAAGGAACAUUCCAGACAAAGCAAUAGCAUCACCCUGGAGUAAAGUAGAAAAGUGGAAUACAGUAACUUCAGUCUGAUUUAUAUUCAGCUUAUUACUUGUUAGAGUGCCCCCCUACGUUCUACAUACCGUAUUUUCUGGAGUAUAAGUCGCACCAGCUGAAAAAUGCGCAAUGAAGAAGAAAAAAACACAUAAGUUGCACCGGACUAUAAGUUGCACUUUUUGGGGAAAUGUAUUUUGUAAAAUCAGAGACCAGGAACUGACAUGUCACCUUGAAAGACAAGUUCUAGUAAUAACAAUAGAACAGAGAACAACAGGCUGAAUCGGCAUUAAUAUGUUAACGUCACAUAUGAACAGUUUUUCAGAUAAUUAUAGCAUAAACAAUAAAACGUAAGUCUCACUCCAAAUCACUAAAUCCAUUGAAUUCUUCAUUCUCACUUCUGCACAACCUCCAGAGAUAAACCAUAGAUCCAUGAGGUAAACAGAGCACUGUUUCCUCUUCUGUGUAGCUGUCCUCAGACUCAGCAUCAGUUCCAGUUAGAAUUAUUCUGGCCUUUCUGAAUCUCGACAGGAUGGUUUCGAUUAUCACUGAAGUUCAGGCUUUGUCGAUUCAUCCAGUGACUUCAGGAAAGUUUCAUGGUGCAUCCUCCCGGUUGCCAAGAAGCUGUGUUCUCCAUCCCCGCUUUCCGCCAGUCAAUCACAAGUUUCUCGCUCAAUCCAAACUUUCUUUCUGCUGCUCGAGUACCGUUUUCAGCUGAAUAUUUCACUAUUUGCAGCGAGACAGCAGCUAUUUCUACAGGAGACAUGCGCAGUAGAGUGAAGUGACAGUGGUACAGGAGUAAUAGUAAUACUCGAUACUCACACACAAGCCUAGAGCCUCUUGCGGUCAGUGUAAAAAUGUUAAUGUAUAAGUCGCAGGAAACACCCAAACCAUGAAAAAAACUGCUACUUAUAGUCUGAAAAAUACAGUAAUUUUUUUUAUUUUUUUUUCAUAUAUUUGGCAAAAAGAAAUUAAUACAUCUCCAGUUUGUUUGGUUAAUUUUGGACAUUACAAAAAGUGAGUUUGAGACUCUUGUAGUUGCAAAGAGACUUUCAGUAAUGUUACUUCAGAAUAUUACUAUUUAAGUAUAUGGAAAAAGUACUCGAAUAAUUGCUCAAGCUGAAGAUUAAAGGGCCUGUAUUAUGCUAUUUUCUGAUCUCUUAAAAUGUUUCCUCAUCACAAACAGACCUGGAGUUGUGUUUCGUUUCAUUCACAUGUUUAACUCACAAACCCUGCAGAUUUAAUACCUCUCAAACUGAAAACACCUUGUGAUGUCAUGCGGUAAUACAGGAAGUGCUCCACUGUGUUUAUAAACUCUAUACACCUUCACUAGAAUCAUUCGGAUGAUUUCAGCUCUGGAAUUGUCAAUGUCUGCUGGUAGAAGUUGGUAAAAUGAGCUGUUAACUUGAAAACGGCCACUUCAUGACAUCACAAAGACAUGCUCAAACAUGUGUGAAUGAAAAACACAACUCCGGGUGUGUUUUUGAGGAGGUAACAACAUUAUAAUAUGACUUAAAGCUCACAAGAGUCAAUAUUGUGUAAUAUGGGGCAUGGGCAACUAGAAGUACAAAAACUGCAAAAAAAAAACCAAAAACCCUGCAUCUUUUACUCAAGUAAGGGUGUAGGUACUUCAAAACAAUGACUACUCAAAUACAAAUCAAAUGUAUGGUGUGAUUAAAACUACUCCAAAUCAGCUGUUUUUACCAGAGGCAGCCACUAGGGGGAGACACAGGAUACUGUAUUCAACAUACAAUGCUCUGAAUACAAAACUGUUGGUGGAAAAGUUACUGAGUUCUGCUUUAAUUUUCACAUUUUGGUUGGCAGUAGACCACAAUACAGUUUUAGUAUUUGGUUUGAUACUCUUUGCUUCCCCUACAUCCAAACACUUGCAUGUAAAAGGUGAAUUGGAAAAUGAAUCUGAUUUUUUUUUUUUUAACAAUCUACUUAAAUUUUACGAUGUUUUACGAGCUGUUUUUUCUUUUAAUAUGUCUUUAUUUAUUUACAUUUAUAUAUAAAAAAUAUAUAUUAUUGGAGGACACAGUCUUUAAGAACAUCUGCAGCUUUUAUGGUUUAAAAAAAAAAAAAAAGGGGGGUUGUGGUGUUAUUGCCAACCAAAAAUUAAAGGUGCACUGUGUAACAUUUCUGGUUAUUUCUGUUGUUGCUUUGCUUUGAAUGUUCCGCAGCAUUGCAUUAAACAAAAUUAUCUUGCAUUUAUUUAAAUACGGCUCAAAAUUACGAAUGAAAAAUGAAAAACAUGUCCCACCGAUGCAGAUUCUGGUAUCGAAUAUUAACAUGCAAAUUCUGAAAAGUAAGCUGGAUCUGGUAUCGGUUCCAUGAUGGUGAUUAAACCGAUAUUCUGGUUGGACAUUUUAUUUAGAUGUAAUAAGAUUAUUUACAGGCUGAUAUUGUUUGAACUUUUAUUCACAUGAAGAUGAUCUGAAGGAUAAAUAACAUGUCUUAGUUUAUGAUGUUUUAAGUGCCAUUUUCCAUCCUUACACUGUUAUCGGUUAAUAUCGGGUAUCGGCAGAUAAUACAUGUGUCACGAAUUUCGGACUUCUGGUCAUUGCGCAGUGCAUACUGGGAAGGAUUUUCUGAAAAAGUGAGCAUGUUUGUUUUCCCAGGGGGAUGUGUGUAUUGACAAAGCCAGUAUUUUCUAGUCUUUUGAACCAUAUCACUUUUGUUUCUGGUUCUGAUAUUGUCAUAUUUUAGUUUUGGGAUUUGGACAUCAAUUGUGUGGUUUCUGGAUCCUAAAAGCGGAAAAUGGCUCGAUAAAUUUGUUUGCGAACUUCAUAAAUGCAAAAGGGAAUCAGAUGUGUGUGACUGCAAACCUCUGUUCAAACUGUUUCUCUUCCCAACGGAAUUGAAAAAUAGUGAAAGGUGAAGGUGAUGGGCAGGAUUGAUCCACAGGAAGAACCAAAAAGGAAACCUCUGACUGUCUAAGAAAUCAUCCUGAGUUUGCAGCAAACAUUUUGUAUGUGGAGCACUAUCAAAGCAAAAUCCUGAUCCCUCACUCCACCUUGGUUACGAAUUUAAAAAGUCAACACCGAAGUGAAAGGCACCAACUGUUCACCAAGAAACACCUUCCACUGCAAAGAGACCAAGACAUGAUGUUGCUGUAAAACCACAAGAACAAGAAAGUGCAGCUCAGUCUGUUUGUCUUCUGCACCUCUCACUUAACAAACGGGAUCUGCUUUGAUGGCUCCACAUACAAAAUGUUGGCUGCAAACUCGGGAUGAUUUAGGUAGUGAAAUGUUUCCUUUUUGGUCCUUCCUGUGGAUCAAUCCUGCCCAUCACCUUCACCUUUCACUAUUUUUCAAUUCCGUUGGGAAGAGAAACAGUUUGAACAGAGGUUUGCAGUCACACACAUCUGAUUCCCUUUUGCAUUUAUGGAGUUCACAAACAAAUUUCUUGAGCCGUUUUCCGCUGUUAGGAUCCAACAACCACACAAUUACAAUGUCUGAAUCCCAAAACUAAAAUAUGACAAUAUCAGAACCAGAAACAAAAGUGAUAUGGUUCAAAAGACUAGAAAAGAUCGACUUUGUCAACAGAUGCAUCCCACUGAGAAAACAAACAUGGAGGUUUGAUGCUCACUUUUUCAGAAAAUCCUUCCCAGUAUGAAUUGCACGAUGACCGGAAGUCUGAAAUUCAUGAUGAAUCUAUUAAAGCCAAAGUAUCAACAACAAUAUCGGAACAGAAUAAGCCGGACUAAUGUAUUCUUAAGUUUUACUGUGAAAGGUGUCGCCUCUACAUGGAUGUGACCCGUAACUUGGCCGUGAGAGUGCCACCUUCAUGUCAAAAAAGAGAAGAAUUUAAUGCCCUAUGGUGGAACAUUCUAAGCAAAGUAAUAAUAUCUCCACGGAGACGAGCAGACAGUUUAAAAAAGUUACAUAGUGGCCGUACUGUGCUUUUUUCCUCUAGUGUUUUUUGAUUGAUUUUUAAUUAAAUUUUCUGUUCAUUUUAAUCUGCAAUAUUGUUUUAAAUCAGAACUACUUGAAAAAUGUCCAUGUAACUUUUUCAAAUGGGCACAAGUAUGUACAAAGCUGUGGGCGGGGAUAGGGGGUAGGUGAAAGCUGCAAUUUUCCGAGCACUCAAACCUCAAAUGUCGCAUAAUACUGGAUUACUCGAACGUGCAUGAAAAACGAGGGACAGUCAGAGAAACGUGGUUAAAAGCUCUUAAAAGUUGUUUUUGCAGAAUACGUCUCCUUUAAUUUUGAAUUCAAAGUGUUCUCAUUUUCAGCUGUAAAAAGUUUUGUACAUUUUAGAAGAAUCUUUUUUUUUAUAAAUAGACUAAAAUAUCCUAAAAUCUCCCACGAUCAAAAGAGAAGGCGAUGUGUUCACUUCACACUUCUGUAACAAGAAAAUAUUUUUAAAAGUUGAAGUAAUUCAGAUUGUAAAAUGACACUGUUGGAAAAGCCAAAAUAAAGGAUUUGAUGAGAAAAAA